UGUCAAGUAAACUGACCGGAAGUUUGAACUCUCCAGGAAAUAGUUUGGAAAUAUAAUAAAAACAAUCUAACGGUCACAUCAACCCAAAAUUAAUAAUUUAUAAUAAACAAAUUAAACAUAUAAAAUGUAUGAUGAGAGCGCUUCUGAAGGUGCAAAGGGAACUUUUGAAAUCUACAGGGCUGAAGCAGAUUCACUUUACAAACAAGGAGAAUACAGAAAAUCGAUAGAGAGCUACACAAUUGCGCUUGAUCUGCACCCGAAUGAAAAGAACUGCCUUGUUGCCAGAUCAAAAUGCUACCUUCAACUUGGAGAUAUGCAGAGUGCCCUGAACGAUGCUGAAGCCUCACUGGAAGAUGACAAGAACUUUCACAAAGGCAUCUACCAGAAAGCCCAAGCUCUCUACUACCAGGGAGACUUUGAAAUGGCGCUGGUGUUUUAUCACAGAGGUCACAAACUACGACCAGAACUUCAAGAGUUUCGACUUGGUAUACAAAAAGCACAAGAAGCCAUUGAUAACAGCGUGGGCUGUAAGUUGUCAACUAUUCUCUUUCCCCAAACUCUGAGAAACUCCAUUUUUCUCUCCUCUACUUUCGCCAUCAGGCUUGCAAAGGCUCUUUCCUUGCUGUCCGUGUCCACCCGGAAAUCUAACUGGUCUUUGGAGAAAAUAUUCUCUACUGACCUUGAUACUGGUAAAGCUGUUUCUCAAAGCACUCCUAAAUCUUCUUCUGUAACUCCAUCUCGAAGAUCGCCAACAAAAUCACCAACAAAAGACGCUCCUGACACAGUGAAGCUAACAACAGAGGGGGAUUUGUCUUACUUUGACAUGCUGCUGGAUGAUAAAAAGAUCAAGCGCAAAGCAGCUCCACUUGGUCGACCUGUGGUUGCCCCAACAAGCAAGGUGAAGGCCAAGGGGGCCCCUGGGAGCGAGAAGACCAUCAAACAGCUGCUGGGUGAACUGUACGGGGACCGACAGUACCUGGAGAAACUGCUCAAAGAGACAGAUCCCAAGUCAGAAAUGGGUAAGACGAUCUCCACACUGGUCACUGAAGGCUUGUCCUAUCUUGACACACGCUCGGACUUCUGGCGGCAGCAGAAGCCCAUGUACGCCCGCAGGCACGACCGACUGAUGCAGAGGAGGCGCCGGGAAGUGUCGUCCAAUAAAGUCUCGCCCAACGAUUACAUCAUCAAGGAGCUGGAGAGGAUUGAUCAAGCCCAGGUGGAAGGCAGGUACCAGGAGGCCCUGAAGCGUUCACAGAAGUGUCUGGCCACGGUACAGAACUACACGGAGGAGGAAGUGCCCAACAAGCUGGAGGUGAUUGCCAACCUGCACAGCUGUGUGGGCAACGCCUACCUGGAGAUGGGAGAGUACAACAAGGCCCAAGCCAGCCACGAGACUGACCUCAAGAUUGGGCAAGACAAUGACCUCCAGGAGGCGGUGUCUAGGGGUCUGGACAACGUGGGAAGGGUCUACGCCAGAAAGGGAGAGUUCAGCAAGGCCAUUGAAAUCUGGGAGCGCAAGCUGCCCAUCAGCAUGUCCCCUCUAGAGAGUACAUGGCUGUACCACGAGAUCGGUCGUUGCUUCCUGGAGCUGGGAAACAACACAGAGGCCAAGAAGUAUGGAGAACUGUCAGAGGCAGCCGCCAUCGAGGCAGAUGACGCAAUGUGGCACUUGCAGGCUUCCGUGCUCACUGCACAGGCUGAAGUGAAACUAGGGGACUACCAGGGAGGUGCUGCAUCAUUUGAGAAAGCUCUGGAGUUGGCAAAACAGCAGGGUGACAAGUCAGCUGAAAAAGCCAUCAGUAAAGCCCUGACCGACAUAAACACAAAAAUCAUUGAGGAACAAGGCAGAAAUCCAGUAAACACGAAUAACUCCAAUGCAGCAGACACUACAUCCCAAAAGUCUUCAAGUCGUGUGAAACCUACCGUCAACACCACGGAACAAACAGAAACUAAAACUGAAGAGAAAGUAGAAAACACUCAGAAAGCAGAUCCUGGUGCUGAUAGUGACAAUCAGGCAAACAAAAGGAAAGACUCCCAGAGUGGAAAGGCUGAGAAUAAACCAGGGGAAGGAGCAGAGAGAACUAAACCAGGGGAAGGAGCAGAGAGAACUAAACCAGGGGAAGGAGCAGAGAGAACACAAGAGGGAUAUUCCUUGAAUUUCAAUGUAUUGGGUCAGGAGGUAUCGGUGAAAACAGAUAAAGAGUUACAGUUGUUUUAAGAAAACAUGAACAAUGACCUUGAUAAAAGUGAAAAAAGAUCUCUUUAAAGACAUUGUUAAUUGUCUAUAUUUGUUAAUUGUCUUUCUUUUUUUGUAAUUCGUGUUUUUAUGCCAUUUGAUUAUUAUACUUUGAAUGGUAUUUAGUUACAUUAGCUUAUAAUUACAAAUUUGAAGAAAAUUCUUGCCAAUACCUCGUGCAACCAUUUUAUUUGUAUGAAAUGGUCUAGUCACAUCAUCCUAUGCUAGAUAUAUUAGACAUAAUGAUUUUUUGUGAUAUUUAUUAAGUUUUGUAAACAAUAAAACAAUGGUGAACAUUU